AUUUCUAUAAGCACUUUUUGUUCUUAUUAUUGAUUAGAUAUUGAAACUAACAUGACAUUUUUACUACUGAAAUAAAAUAUGAAAGUCAUUUCAAAAUAAAAAAAUACAUCAAUUCCUUUUCAGGGUUUGGUUUACUAUCCUUUUGGAAUAUAUAUGUAUCCAGUUCCAGGACCUUACAUAUAAGCUUGUUAACAGUUUUAGGAGGUUGAAGAAUAAAUAGUAAAGCAAGAAGUUAAAGAGGAGUACGAAUCGGAAUCAAUUUAGGAAGUUAGAAAGAAAAAGAUUGUUAAAUUCAGUCCUUAUAUAUAUCCAGGUGAAACAAAAAACUAUUAUAAGAAUGUAGGGAAGAAAUUAUCAUCAUUCAUAAUUAAUAGUUUUGAUUAGCAGAUAGUAAAAUAGGACCCAUUUAUAAUCUAAUUUGUAAAAAUCCAAAGCCAAAAUUACAACCGAAUGCAUUUUUAGAAACUAUUCAAAUCAAAGGUGGCUAGGAGGAUUGCUAGAAAAUUUUUUGGAAAUUUUUUGUGGUGUUCCAAAUUCAUUCAACAAAAUAAAACUGAUAUUGAUUUAUACUUAAGACAUAAUUAACUUAUGUAUCAAAGAAAGAAAAAUGUUAAAGAUCAUGCCAAAAAAUGA